AUGAUACCUUUAAAAUCACCAUUGCGUUGGGUCAACCCAUAUUUAGACGAGGAUGAAAUACUUCGUGUCGGGGGACGGUUGAAACAAUCGGACGAGUCUGAAGACACCAAACACCCUGCAGUUCUACCGGCACGCCAUCAGUUCACCCGUUUAGUUUUGCUCCACUACCAUUUGCGUUUGUUGCACGCUGGACCACAGCUUUUACUGAGCACUGUUCGUCUUCGUUUUUGGCCUUUAGGAGGAAGGAAUGUGGCGAGACACAUCGUUCAUCAGUGCAAAAAAUGUUUCCGGGCUAAACCACAUCCUGUCCAGCAAUUCAUGGGAGAUUUACCCGCAGCCCGGGUCACGGUAGCUCGUCCUUUUUCAAAAACUGGCAUAGAUUACUUUGGACCUGUAUACGUACGGCCAGGACCAAGGCGAGCAGCAGUAAAGGCAUACAUUUGCCUUUUCGUGUGUCUAUGCACCAAGGCAGUUCACCUCGAGCUCGUGACUGGCCUGUCAACGGAACGGUUUAUUCAGGCACUAACACGAUUCGUAUCACGAUUCGUAUCACGCAGAGGUCCUAUUACUGAGCUCUGGUCCGACAAUGGGACCAAUUUUUUUGGGGCUCGCAACAAAUUGCGAGAGCUCUUUAUUUUGCUGCGAGACAAGAAUCACCAAGAGAAAAUUACCACGGAACGCGUCAACCAGGAUAUUCGUUGGAUUUUCAGGUCUCCAAGUGGGCCACAUUUUGGAGGGUUAUGGGAGGCGGCUGUACGCUCUGCAAAACACCAUAUUCUGCGUGUUCUAGGGAACGAACCCGUGUCCAUUGAGGAUAUGAAUACGCUGCUCGUUCAGGUAGAAGGCUGCCUGAAUUCACGACCACUAACAGCAAUGUCGGAUGAUCCGAAUGAUCUAGAACCUCUCACACCGGCACAUUUCCUAGUUGGGUCAUCGCUGAAGGGCUUACCGGUGGAGGAUUUAUCCGAUGUACCUGUAAAACGUCUAAACCAUUAUCAACAGCUUCAACAAAAACAAAAACCGGUGGAGGCGGGAAUACCUGUGUCAACUGCAAAACCGUACUAA